GGACUGACUCUGUUUGGAGAAUCCUCCCUUGUUUCUGGAGCAAGAGGCGGGUCUUUGGAAAGCAGGAAUGCGCUGGAAGUUUUCCUGCAAGCUCCCUUCACAUGUUGAAGAGCGUCCGACCCGCGUCUCAAUAUGGACAUGUGGCCGCUGGUGCUCCUGUUUGUCCAGCUGUGCUUCUGCGCCGGGUACGAAGGGUCAGGACAUUACGCCUAUGGAGACGAUGAGGACUCGUAUUCUCGUAGAUAUAAAGGGACCCCGUGGUGUGCACCCAUUAAGGUGAAACAUGGUGACGUCAGCUGUCGCACCCCGAGAGGAGAACACUACAGGAACGUGAUGGGGACACGCUGUAAAGUCCGCUGCAAGCAGGGAUACGAGGCCCAGAGCUCAGAAGUGGUGUGCAUGGCCAGCAAACACUGGUCUUCUAACUACGCCUGCCGAGAGAUCCGCUGUCCCAAGCUGAACAUGCCCAAUAACGGCGGCUACAAAUGUUCAGACGGCUCCUACUUCAACUCUCGUUGUGAGUUCUUCUGCUCCCCUGGAUUCAGUCUGAAGGGCCAGAAGACGGCAACCUGCCAGCACAACAAGGCAUGGAGUGCCGGAGACCCCACCUGUGUUGAUAUGGAUCCUCCAAAAAUCAAGUGUCCUAAUCUGAAGGAUAAGUGGGCAGAACCAGGAAAACUGACAGCAAGGGUGACCUGGGACACACCGGAGGGUGUGGACACUGCAGAUGGCAUCCUUACAGAUGUUAUCCUGAAAGGGAAACCUUCAAAAUCAGACUUCACAGAGGGGCUCCAUAAGAUGUCCUACACUGUGUUCGACCGUGCAGAGAACAAAGCAUCUUGCCGCUUCACUGUCAGAGUGCGAGUGCGCCGCUGUAACCCACUAUUUCCCCCUGAUAACGGUUAUAUGAAGUGUGACAGUGACAAAGACAAUUAUGGGGCCACUUGUGUGUUUACCUGCACCGGCGGCUACGAGCUGCAGGGCAGCGCUGCCAGGGUGUGCCAGUAUGGACUCACCUGGUCUGGAACAGACACCACAUGUGCAGCCAUGAACAUCAAUGUGGGAGUGCGUACAGCUGCUGCACUGCUGGACCAGUUCUAUGAGAAACGGCGGCUCCUCAUUAUCUCGGCCCCUACAGCUGCCAAUCAUAAUUAUCGCUUCCAGAUGACUAACUUACAGCAUGCCCAGUGUGGACUGGACCUGAGGCAUGUGACUGUAAUUGAGCUGGUUGGGACUUACCCUGCACAGGUUGGCCGAAUUCGACACAGGCUGCUUCCCCCAGGGCUGGCCCUGCAAAUCAGGUUACUGCUCCGGAUUUCACAAAGGGCUUUCCACAUGGUGUUGAUAGACAAGCAGGGCAUGGACAAGCAGCGCUACCCAUUCCCAAUCACAGCGGCUGAAUUAUUCACCACCAUUGACACCUUCCCCAUCCGCAAGGAUGAGAUGGUGCUACAGCAGGAGGCAAGCCAGACCUGCCAAUCAUAAAACACGCCGGGCGUUCAGUGCACUUCCAUGGACUCUCAUCUUUGAUCCUUUUCCUCCUCUAUCACAGCAGACGGGACCGACUCACAUGUCCCCUUUUUCUCUCCAUGUCACACAUUCCUACCUGAACUCAGUCAGCCCAAUAUCCAGAAGUUACAAGUAUGUGUGUGUUUGUAUGCGUCUAUGUGUGUGUGUGUUUGUUUGUGUGAGCAUGUUGUGUGUGUGUGUGUGUGUGACAUCAAAGGUCGGGAUGUCAGCCAUGGUGCUGAUUUGAAGCAAGGAGAUUCAUCGUAAGCAGUUAGUAAAUGAAAUGGGUCAUACAGUACAUUACAAUCAUAUUGAUUCCUGUGUCUUGUCCAUCUGUAUGUUUUAUUAAUAUUAUUAUUAUUAUUAUUAUUAUUAUUGUUUUCAAAGCAGAAAUAUGUUUUGUACAAAAAGUCUUUUACUGUAUGAACUGGAAAGCUCUUUGCCUGUCUAAUAUUUAUGUCCCACUUCUCUAAUAAUGACGUAUUCUGACACUCUCUGGAAUACUGUGUGUGUAUUGUGUACUGUAGAGGACAAUGAUGCUGUUCUGUUGGUACGCUGUACAUCCACGCCUGAAUUAACAAGACACUGAUUAAAUAUGUCUAUCUUGGA